CUACGCGCGUCCUACGUGUAUAUGUAAACUGUAGUUGUAUUGACCUAUUGAGUUUGACAUAACGCGGGUGAACCGAAGUAAAUGAUUUUUUAAUUAAAUUUAUUAUUUAUUAAAAUCGCGUUAAUAGUAAUAGAAAAAUGAAAGAAAAGGGAUUAUUUAUUUUCUUUAUUUUAUUUGGCAUCGUUUUUAAGUCCAUCGAUUGUUCUAACGUGAAAAAAUAUUCUUUAUUGAUGCCGAAUGUUAGUCCGAAUGUGCCGGAAUUAUACUUAUGCACUCCGAUAAAAGUAGAUCCAAGUAGGAGUUAUUAUAUCGUUGGCUUUGAGCCAAAUGCUACUAUGGAAACAGCUCACCAUAUGCUCUUGUAUGGAUGUACAAAACCUGGAAGUACCAAGACUGUAUGGGAUUGCGGUGAGAUGGCACAAUCUCUUAAUGGCCAACAUGAAACAGCUGUUCCUUGCAGUGAAGGAUCUCAAAUCCUGUAUGCUUGGGCUAGAGAUGCACCUCGUUUGAAUUUACCAGAAGGUGUUGGUUUUAAAGUUGGAGGUGAUUCACCAAUCAAAUAUAUUGUUCUUCAAGUACAUUACGCACAUAUUGAUCGGUUUAAAGAUGGUAGUACUGAUGAUUCAGGAGUAUUUCUACAUUACACAUUGCGUCCACUAAAUAAAUUAGCCGGUGUACUUCUCUUGGGAACUGCAGGUGUUAUACCACCCAGAAGUGUGGAAUAUAUGGAAUCCGCUUGUAUUAUUAAAGAAAAUAAGACUAUAUAUCCUAUAGCAUAUAGAACGCAUAGUCAUUCCUUGGGUAGAAUCAUUUCUGGGUAUGUUAUAAAACCCAAUUGGAAAUGGACAGAACUUGGUAAAAGAGAUCCUCUUACGCCACAGAUGUUCUAUCCUGUAAGCAAUAAUGUUUCGAUUACCAUGAAUGAUAGAGUUGCAGCUCGUUGCACCAUGCAAAGUACACGCAAUACUUGGACUAAUAUUGGCUCUACAAACGAAGACGAAAUGUGUAAUUUUUAUUUGAUGUACUAUGUUGAGAAUGAUGAUCCAUUGGACAUGAAAUAUUGCUUUACUCCUGGACCUCCGGUUUAUUAUUGGGAAACAAAUGGUCUUAGAAAUAUUCCUGAUAAAGAAGCAUCGACAUUAUAAUGAAAUAUUAUAUCAAUUCAGCAAUUGUAUAAAGGCAAAUGGCUUGACUUCAUCAUUCUCGUUAACGAAAUAAGAUAUGUAUAUCAUCACAUCAUGGUUCUAAAUUAUACGUGUCAAUUUGGUGCUACAGGACGAAGACAUGGGAUCAAAUUAUCUUGAAUAUCUUUUUACUCCAUGAUUAUAUUUCCAAUAAUAUUUAAGCACAAUUUUAUUCCGAUUUUUUACAAUCUUAUUUAGGUGGUAUCGUAGUAUUAGUUAAAACAUUAUUUUUUACUUGAGUUUAUUUUUGUUGAGUCAAAAAUAUGUUUUAAAUUUUAAAACGAUAUAUUUUUUAAUUGAUUGAUUUAUUUAUUAAAAUAUUUUAAGAUUAAUAUUGGAGACAGGAUAAACAACAUAUCUGGUAUAUAUCUUAAUAGACAUAACAAAUUGCCUUCACAGUACAAUUAUUUCUUGCAAUGUAUUUUGCGGGAAUUUAGUUAAUUUACUACUUAAUAACUACUUACUGUUUCAAUAUGUACUUAAAACAAUCUCAAUUAUAUGAUAAUAGCACACACACAAAAAAGAAAAACAAUAAUAAUCUUAUCAGUAAUAUUGAAAACAUAUUUGUAUAAUU